UCGUGGUAUUAUUUUCAGUUUUUGUUUAGUUUAUGUUUAUUCUAAAUAGUCUUCACGCGCAGUGAUUUACUUUACGCGUGCUUAAUAUUUGUGUCUACGAGUUAUACAAUUAUGAACAGUGUUACACAGCUACUUUCUAGGUUUUAUUUAGACUUCAAAUUUGUGGCGAUGUAUGCACUUUUAGCCAACAACUUGAGCGCGUAUGUUUGUAGUACUGAAAGUUGAUGUUGAAGUAAACAGCCCGUACAGAAUACCAUGGAGCGAGCAGGCAGAUAUGAGGACCGGAAUCCACUGGAGCUGAAGCUGAUGUGUCUGAUGAUAAAGUGCAUACGGCCAUCGGUUAUGGUGAGCGCUUCUCCGAGACCCGAGCUGGAGGCCGCUGUGUGUCGGAUUGUUGCACAGCUGAUGUGCCAGCGGUACCAUGUGCUGUUCAAGUUGUGGAGCGACUUACGAGCGGCGACGCUGCGUAAACUACGCGCUCACCUCGUCCGCGGCGACUUGUCCACAUCUUACGAGCGACUAUCCACACUUGAGUGGGCCGUUGUUGACCUGCUACUGCUAUAUGAUUCGUCUCUCAAUGUGGCGGCUUACUUCCACCCGGCCCAGCUGGUGGCCCUGGAGCGCACAUUUAAACUGGUCCAGUCCUUACACAUAGAACAAGAGGACGGACCAGUUUCACCAGACAAAUGGACUCAGGCAGCGGAGGCCUACUGCAAGAACGGUGCAGAGUUGUCAGCAGUGGCCUUGCAGCGUCGCUGGCACGAGAUGAAGAUACAGGCACGGCAACGCGCAGGUGGACCCCUCGUGGAGGACUUACAUCAAGCCAUCAUACACAGGUAUCCACAUGUGACACAAGCAGAGUUGCCGACAUGGCGCGAUCUGGUGACGGCAGGGAAGGUGGCCGAACCCACGGUGGUACCAAGCUUCCGGCCAGCGGCGAUACGAAGGAAGCCGAUGAGAGAGAUAGAACCGCCACAAGAGCCAGAAAGCGAAGAAACUGAUGACACUGAGGACGAAGUACAUGACAAAUCUUAUGAUAAUCCAGCCAUCGUUGUACCUGAUGAAGAAUAUGAUAGUUCUAGCAAUGACAAUGUAGAAGAACCUCACUGUGAUAAUACAAGUAAUGUACAGGCAAACAAAACCUGUGGAAAAGAAACUGAUAAAACAGAUAUGAAAGUAGAACCAGAGAUAAUUGAAAUAGACGAUGAUACUCCAAGUAUAAAUGAUCCUGUAGAAGCAACCAAAGAUAUAGACUUGAAUAAUUUUGAUGCCGUGAUUGUCUAUGACAGUGAUGACGACGUUCUUGAUGUGCAAAUGGGCAAUAUUGUCGCAAAUGCAGAAAACAAUGAAAACGCUGAACGUAACAAAAUAGGACACCCACUAUAUGAAAUACUUACUGAUUGUAAAAUUGAAAGGUAUGAAGACAGUAAAACGAUUUUAAAAGAAAUUGAAGAUAAAUCUUUAGAAACAGUUAAUUUUACUGACAAUGCGACUGAAAAUAUAGAUGUAAAUGAAGAAAAUUCAAUGGAUAUAGUAAUUACAAACGUAUGGAGUGAAAAGGACUUAACACCUACAGUUAAUGACGAUAAUAUAAUAGAGAUUGAUGACCUUGAUGUUGAAAAUAGUCUUGAUAAUUUAAUAGAGAAUGAUGGCCUUGAUAAUGUAACAAAAGAUUGUAGUGACAAUAUUAAUAGUGAUAUCGCCAGUAAUUUAAAAACGGCGAAAUGUGUAGUGCAUUUGGAGUUCGCAACAAGUAAAAUAGAUUCCAAGUUGUUGAUGCGUCCAACUGUCUCAUUGGAAAGGAUCAACUUAAACCCCAUCAACAAAGCAGAAACUAUCGGAAACCCUCAAAAAAACAUAGAUUUUACCAAACUUGUAUUCAAAAACAAACAUAAUGAUGACAAAGAAUCUUUGAAACUCAGGUACGAAAAUGAUUUAUUGGAAAGGAUAAACUUAAAACCCAUCAACGAAUCAGAACAUUCAGAACCUGUCGAAAACCCUGAAAAAACCAUAGAUUUCACCAAACUUGUAUUCACAAAGAACCAUAAUGAUGACAAAGAAUCAUUAAAACGCAAGAACGAAGAAAAUUUAUUGGAAAGGAUCAACUUAAAACCCAUCAACGAAUCAGAACAUUCAGAACCUGUCGAAAAUCCUCAAACGAUAGACAACAAACUUGUAUUCAAAAAGAAUCAGAAUGAUUACAAAAAAUCUUUGAAACGCAAAAACAAUGAAGAUUUAAACAAAGAAUGUUUAGAUUUCGUAGAUUUCACCAAAUUUGAAUUCAAAAAGAAAAAGGACAAAGAAUCUCUGAACCGCAAGAACUAUGAAGAUUCAAACAAAGAAUGUUUGAAACAAUGCAAGUACUGCGAAGUACUUCAGGAUAAGAAGGGUAGAGACACUAGAAAGGUGAAACUACCGGAUUUAGAGAAAGUUAGGAAUGAUAAUAAAGGUAUACUGACAGCUGAAGUGGCGCCUACAGUAGCAAAUACAUCAGAAGAUCCGCCACCAUCGAUAACAGAACCACAAAACGUUUUUCGAUGCGGUUGCGCCCGAACCAAGCGAGAAAACACUCACGCCUUUUCGAAUACUUUGAGCCAAAACCCUUCAAUCGACCAGCAACAGCAAGAUAUUUUAAUAAAUUCCAACAUGCAAGAUCUGCAUGACCAAGAAUGGAAUUUAAAUGUUGCUUCCAAUUCAAUAUCCGAUCUGAUGCUCCAAAUGACAGAAGGGAUGAAGCAUUUGAAAGACCGAAUACGUUAUACUUUGAAGACACAGGGAUUAGAUAUAAAAAAUAAAUCAACAGACACAAUGACCGGUAAAAAUAUAGAGACAAAAACCCGGUAUGAAAAAAUAGCUGUCACGGGAGUUUCAAAAGUCGCACCGGUACCGGUGUCGCCGGUGGUAACAUCCGAGUCGAUACCGGUACCAAAACCGCCGCCAAUACAGUUACCCAUACCGGUACCAAUAGCUCCCAAGGUAUUAACACCCAAGUCGACACUGGUAUCAAAACCACUGACUGAGUUACCAAAGCGAAAAAUAAAGCAUACCAAACCGGUACCAAUAGCUCCGAAGGUAUUAAAACCCAAGUUGGCACCGGUACCAAAACCGUCGACUGAGUCUCCAAACUUUAUUUGUAUGUCAACCAGACCGGCACCAAUAGCUUCGUUGGUGUUAACACCCAAGUUCACACUGGUAUCAAAACCACUGACUGAGUUACCAAAGCGAAAAAUAAAGCUUACCAAACCGGUACCAAUAGCUCCGAAGGUAUUAAAACCCAAUUUGACACCGGUACCAAAACUACCGGCCGUGUUACCAAACCUUGAAACGCCGAAAGUAUCCGAACUAAUACCAACCCUGCCGAUAAAGCCAAGCACAACAAAAUCCGCGUCAGAACGUCCAUUGACGAUAGCAUUCCCAACACUGUCAACGUCAAAAAUAUCAACACAGAAUCCAUCAAAUGUGUUACCAUGCUCGCCGAAAAAAAUUACCAUUUCGAAAACUGCGCCAAGAUAUUCACUUCCGAUACUAAGUCCUACACUGUCAAUGUCAAACAAACUGGUAGCAGCACCGCCGACGGUGUUAAAACCCAAGUUGACAUCAACGCCAAUACCAAAAUUGCUGACCGAGUUACCAAACCUUGAAAUGCCGAAAUCAUCAAAACUUAUACUAACUCCGCUGAUAAAGUCAAGCACAUCAAAAACCGCGUCAAAACGUUCAUUACCAACACUGUCAAUGUCGAUGUCAACAACACAGAAUUCAUUAGAAGUGCUACCAUCCCCGCCGAAAAAAAUUACCUUCCUAGGUAAUUAUUAUUCACCGACGGUACCAUUUCCUACACAGUCAAUGUCCAAACUUGUGUUAAAAUCAUUAACAUCUAAUCCCACGACAGCCUCGAAUCUUGAAUUCAUGCCUCCAUCCGUGGCAACAAACACGCGAUUAACGUCCGAACUUGAUAAUGCACCAGCUAUUCCGCCAACAAUAUCUAAACCUACAAAAUAUGUACCGGUACCAAACCAGACUUUAAUACCCAAACCAGAACCACUCAAAUCUGAAAGUCUGUCGGAACCUUCCGCGUCGUUACCAAAUCCGCCGAUAGUAGCAAUUAGAUCUGAACCUAUUCUGGAACCAACUGAAAGCAAUACAAAUGAUUUUGAUCUAAUUUUCGCUAUAUAUACUGAUAAUUCAACAGUGGACUCAAAUGACACACUAAAAACAUCUACCAUGUUAAACACGACAAAACCAGAAUCUAUACCAGAUCUACCAACAACUUUAAAACCGAGUGUUGAAUCAUACAUAAGACAAUCUCCGAAAAAACCAAAAGGGCCAUUUGAUUUAGAAUUCGUUAACAUUGGAACCUCUAAGAGCUUCGUUGAAUACAAUGGUAAGACCAAAGUUUCCCAAUCGACCACUGAACAGAUGAAAAGAGAAGAGGAAAUUAGCAAAGCAGUGGAGUUGAAACAGAUGAAGAGAGAAAUUAGAAAACCAGAGAUAAAACAGAUGGAAAGAGAAAUUAGCAAAGCAGUGGAUUGGAAACAGAUGAAGAGUGAAAUUACCAAAUCAGAGAUGAAACAGAUGGAAAGAGAAUUUAGCAAAGCAGUGAAUUGGAAACAGAUGAGUGAAAUUACCAAAUCAGAGAAUUCAGAGAUGAAACGUGAAAUUAUCAGAUCAGUGGAGAUGAAACAGGUGCAAAGUGAAAUUAGCAAAGCUGUGGAGAUGGAACAGAUGAAGAGUGAAAUUAUCAAAUCACUGUGGAUGGAACCGAUGCCGAGUAAAAUUAGCAGAGCAGUGGAGAUGAAAGACAUAGUCAAUAAUAAUGGUCCGUGGAGAAUGGAGGAUGAGUCGCUUGAAGAGGCGGAAUUUGAUAUGAGCUUUUUUGCUGAAGCUAUCCAUGUGUAUACAGACUAUUGACCGUCGGAUUCGCCUUGUGAGAGAUCUGUCAGAUCUGACACGUUGUCAAAUUUCCGAUUUCCGGUCACUAUUCAGUAUCCUACCUAAAACUUCUAGUUUGAUGAAAAAUAACUUCGGUGUAUAACGUACAUAUCCCAAUUUAAAAAAAUUUCCAUUAGUUAUACCGUAAUUUUAGCUAAUUUCCCCGUAUGAUGUAACAAGUGUUUACUUAUAAAUGAAACGUGUUUUUCUACGUAUAUUUUUAUAUUAAAGAUUUGAUGUCAGUUUUUUGCAAUUUUACAACAAAGAUUAUGAUUUAUUGUAAUACGAUGCCUUAUUUAAUAGCUUGGUACAAUGCCUCAAGGUCCUAUUUUAGACAUUCGCUAGACUUUAAGUUUUGUCUUAGUUUCUUAUAUAAUUAUGUAAAUAUGUUCAUGUAAAUAAAGAAUUACACCUUACACCCUUAUUUAAUAAUUAUAUUCGUCGUUUAAUGUAGUACAUUGUAGGUUAAAUAAGAUAUUAUAUAAUUACAAGGAGAAUAAACAUUUUGUUACUUAAAAAUGUUAUUAUAAGAGCCACAAGCGAGGGCAAAGUUGUGAUACGUCAUUUAUAAACGUCUUCAAAUAACACAUUUUGUUUGUUAGAAUGAGACGAUAUUUUAAAGACUCAAAAGAGGUUUUUAAGACUCUAAGAAGAAUAAUACAGUUAAUUGUUUUACAUAAGAGGAUAUAGAAAAUAUAUAAAUUAUAGAAAUCUGAGUCAGAGAGAAUUGAACUAAUUUGUAAUUAAUAAUAAGAAAUCUAGGGGGAAGGCCUUUGCCCAGCAGUGGGGCACUAUAGGCUACAAAAAAAAGAAACUUCUGAAAAAAUACCACUUGAGCUGUUGAAACGAAUUAAUUAUGUUUUAGUUAUAAGAAUUAUGUUGUAUAUUCAUCACAGUAAAGCUGAUUAUUUUAAUAAU